UCAGUUCCUCACUCAUUCCCAGGAGCUUGAGCAGAUAGCAUGGGUGAACCCUUUCCAGAAAUCAAAUCCACUCACUCCCUGGUGGCCAAGCAUGUCACCAAGGAUGUUUGGGCAAAGCUUAGUGGAUUGGUAACCUCUACCUCUGGGUUCACCCUUGCCAAGGCUAUCGCCUGCGCUGUUGAGUUUGACAACCAGCAUUGUGGAAUCUAUGCCGGAGACUGGGACUCCUAUAAGGUCUUUGCUGAUGUCUUUGAUCCAAUCAUUCAGGAAUAUCAUGGAAUUUCCCCUGAUGCUACUCAUACAAGUGAUAUGGAUGUUUCCAAAAUUCAAGGAAACAUUGACCCCACCGCCCCUGUUCACUCUACAAGAAUCAGGGUUGGAAGAAGCAUUGAUGGAUUUGGACUUUCUCCCGGAAUCACUAAAGACCAGAGAGUUGGAGUUGAAAACUUGAUGAAGAAAGCAUUUGCCAAUCUGUCAGGUGAUCUUGCUGGAACUUACUAUCCCCUUACUGGGAUGGAUGAAAAAGUAAGACAGCAGCUGGUUGAUGAUCAUUUCCUUUUCAUGUCUGGUGACCCAAAUCUUAAGGUAGCAGGAAUGGAGAGAGAUUGGCCAGAGGGUAGAGGAAUUUUCCAUAACAAGGACAAGACCUUCCUCACCUGGGUAAAUGAAGAAGAUCAGCUUAGAAUCAUCUCUAUGCAAAAUGGAGGAGAUGUUCGAGGAGUUUUUGAUCGUCUUGCUCGAGGAAUUCAGGCAGUUGGUGAAUCUGUCAAGAAGGAGUCUGGUAAAGACUUCAUGCUUGAUGCCAAGUACGGAUUUAUCCAUUCUUGUCCAACCAAUCUUGGAACAGGCAUGAGAGCAUCAGUUCAUGUUGAUUUGCCAGGAUAUACAAAGGAAGGUGUGAAGGUUCUUCAAGCUCGUUGUGAAACUCUUCACCUUCAACCAAGAGGUACUAGAGGAGAGUCCGGUGGACAGACCGGUGUCACCUAUGACAUCUCCAACAAGCAUAGGUUGGGUUACAGCGAGGUCCAGUUGGUACAGAAGAUGAUUGAUGGUGUCAACACCCUUGUCAAGGAAGACAGAGAACUCCAGAAGAAGCAUGGUCUGUAAUUUUAGAUAUUUCAAAUAUCUUAGCGUUUAUUGUUAAUAAAUAAAUAUUCAGCUUGUUA